CCCCUCGACACACCCCGCCCCGCCUUGAGCCGUGUGCAGCUUCCCCCAACAGCCCGACGCCAGCACCGUUUGUUUUGCUCCCUCACCAGCCGCACCCACCAGCAGCCAGACACCGCACACGCACGUCCACCACCGCCAUGGCCGCGCUGGGCGAGGAGCUGCUCAACAUUGUCAACAGGCUGCAGGACCUUGUUUUCAACACGAUUGGAAAUGACUCGCUGGACCUGCCCCAGAUUGUGGUCGUAGGCUCGCAAUCAGCCGGAAAGUCGUCGGUGCUCGAGAACAUUGUCGGCAGAGACUUCCUGCCUAGAGGCAACGGCAUCGUUACGCGGCGGCCGCUGAUCCUCCAGCUCAUCAAUCUCCCCUCCGAACGCGAGGAUGCCGAAGAGGGCGAUGAGGUCCACGUGCCCCACACGCCCGCGAGCGUCGCCGGCCAGCAGGAGUGGGGAGAGUUCCUGCACAUUCCCGGGCGGAGGUUCUACGACUUCGCCGAGGUCAGACGCGAGAUUGAGGCCGAAACAGCAAGGAUUGCGGGAAACAACAAGGGCAUCAACAGACAGCCCAUCAAUCUCAAAAUCUACUCCCCGCACGUCCUCAGCUUGACGCUGGUCGAUUUGCCGGGUUUGACCAAGGUGCCCAUCGGCGACCAACCUUCAGACAUCGAGAAGCAGACCCGCAACCUCAUCACCGAGUACAUCGCGAAGCCGAACAGCGUCGUCCUGGCUGUGUCCCCCGCCAACGUUGAUCUCGUCAACUCGGAAGCUCUGAAGUUGGCCCGACAUGUGGACCCCAUGGGCAAGAGGACAAUUGGUGUCCUCACCAAGCUCGACCUCAUGGAUCACGGUACAAACGCCAUGGACAUCCUUUCUGGGCGAGUCUACCCCUUGAAGCUCGGCUUUAUUGGCAUUGUCAAUCGCUCGCAACAGGACAUUCAGGGCAGCAAGUCGCUCUCGGAUGCCCUGUCGGCGGAGCGUGACUUCUUCAGGCACCACCCAGCCUACAGGAACAUGGCGAAUCGAUGCGGCACGCAGUUCCUUGCAAAAAGCCUGAAUCAGACUCUCAUGGCACAUAUCCGUGAUCGUCUACCAGACAUCAAGGCUCGUCUGAAUACCCUGAUGGGACAAACGCAGCAAGAACUGGCAAGCUACGGUGACGUAGCAUUCACUGGAAAAGAACACCGGGGCUCACUCAUUCUACAACUCAUGACCCGGUUCGCCUCGUCAUUUAUCUCGUCCAUUGACGGUACUUCUACUGAAAUCUCAACCAAAGAGCUAUGCGGUGGUGCCAGAAUCUACUACAUUUUCAACUCCGUCUUUGGAAACUCUUUGGAACAAGUGGAUCCAACAAUGAACCUCUCUGUCCUGGAUAUUCGAACAGCAAUCCGAAACUCCACCGGCCCUCGACCCAGUUUGUUCGUUCCCGAAUUGGCUUUCGACCUGCUUGUGAAACCUCAGAUCAAGCUCCUAGAAAUACCAAGUCAGCGUUGCGUGGAGCUCGUCUAUGAGGAGCUCAUCAAGAUCUGCCAUACCUGUGGAUCGACGGAAUUGACAAGAUACCCCAGACUUCAAGGAAAGCUCAUCGAAGUUGUCUCUGACCUCUUGCGAGAACAACUUGGACCAUGUUCUACUUAUGUCGCUUCGUUGAUUGACAUUCAACGUGCAUACAUCAACACAAACCACCCCAACUUCCUUGGCGCGGCCGCUGCCAUGUCUUCUGUGAUCAACGACAAAGAGCAAAGGGAGAAGAAGAUUGCCAUGGAUGCGGAGAAAAAGAGGCGAGAAAAGAGGAGGCUGAAGGAAGUCAACGGCAUGAACGGCGCCGAAGCUGCAGAGGGUGGUGAGGAAAUGGAGAUGUCGACGGACAAGCACCUUCCACUGCGGAAACACCAAUCACAAGCAAGCCGAAGUAUGUCACCAGCAAUUGGUCGUUUGAUGAACGGCACUCAAGGCUCCCAAGGUGCGAUUGGCGCACUCAACACUCGCACACGAUCGCCUCCUCCGUCGGGUCAAACUGGGCCUGCGCGUGAUAGUUUUUUGAACUACUUCUUCGGUAAGGAUGGUGCUGUGCCUCCGAGCCCCACGCCAUCUACAUCCGACAACCGACCUGGCAGUCGACAUGUCAGCCAAAACGUCGAGGCCAGCUUUUCCCAGAGUAUUCGGAGAGGCGAUACUAGGCAACCCGCUCACAUCCUGACUAUGAUGCCAGAUGACGAUGAGGAGGACGGCCCUACCAGCCCAGUCCGGGAAUCAUAUGAAGGCGGCUUUCCUUCGGACCCCGAGUCUGCUCCCGCACUCACAGAACGUGAAGCGCUUGAAACCGAACUCAUCCGCCGUCUCAUCUCAUCGUACUUCAAUAUUGUGCGGGAAACGGUUGCUGAUCAAGUGCCCAAGGCGAUUAUGCACCUUCUUGUCAACCACUCCAAAGAUGGCGUGCAGAACCGACUGGUCAGCUCGCUGUACAAAGACACAUUGUUUGAGGAACUUUUGUACGAGGAUGACACGAUCAAGGCGGAGAGGGAAAAGUGCGAGAAGUUGCUCAAGACAUACAAGGAGGCGGCCAAGAUUGUUGGAGAAGUGUUGUAAGGGUGCGUGUACUUGUAUGAAUUGGAUGUUUUCAAAAUGAGUGAUGAAGGAACGGAACGUGAGGGUGCUUGGCUUCUCUGGCUUGUCUUGGAUCAGUUCGCUUUUUUUCACGAACAUGUAUGUGUUGAUGAGAGAGAGAGAGAGAGAGAGAUAGGGAGGUGAUCUGCGGUUGGAAACGACUAUGAUGGAAAGGGCUUGCCUAGGUUUUUUUGGACUCUUUUAGCACGCG